AGGCUCCUCUCUUCCUCGCUUGGUUCGUGAGGCUCCGACGAUAAGGCAAGGCAAGGUUGAAGGUUUCAGAUCGGUUGCGCCUUUAGUUCAUUAAGGGCGCGUUUACCGCAGUGGCAGUUGCAGCAGUGUCCGACCGUCCGCCUCUUUUCUCAGUGCAGUGCCGGCAGCCAGGCACAGACUGACAACACUGUCUGUUGGAACUAUGGCCUACUCCUUAUCCAUCAAUCCAACCAAUCUUCUAGCUGUCAAAACCCAAGAUGGGAAAUCAUGUGGCUGCCUUAUGCACACCAAGCGCUCAUUGAGACAAUGGCAUUUGUUCACUCCUAGAGCAAUUGCUCAACCAGAAAGCAAGAUUGAUUAUAAGAGGUUGGGUUUAAGCAUCGAGGAAGCUGAGGCUGCUGUCAUAAAUGGAAAUGUGCCACCUGCACCCCCUGUUCCUGCGAAACCGAAAGCUCCUGCUGGGACGCCAGUUGUUCCCUUACUUCCUCUUACCAGACGACCACGUCGGAAUAGGAAAUCGGCUGCACUAAGGGCUGCUUUUCAGGAAACAACUGUGUCUCCUCAAAAUUUCAUCCUUCCUCUUUUCAUUCAUGAAGGUGAAGCAGAUGCUCCUAUUGGAGCUAUGCCUGGAUGCUACAGGCUGGGAUGGAGGCAUGGGCUUUUAGAAGAGGUAUACAAGGCUCGAGAUGUUGGAGUUAAUAGUGUUGUUCUUUUUCCAAAGAUUCCUGAUGCAUUGAAGUCAGCUACAGGAGAUGAAGCCUAUAAUGAGAAUGGCCUUGUGCCUCGAGCUAUACGCCUUCUCAAGGAUAAAUAUCCAGAUAUUGUUAUUUAUACAGAUGUUGCCCUGGAUCCUUAUUCUUGUGAUGGGCAUGAUGGCAUUGUUAGUGAAGAUGGAACAAUUAUGAAUGAUGAGACUGUUCAUCAAUUAUGCAGGCAAGCUGUUGCACAGGCUCGGGCUGGAGCUGAUGUUGUAAGUCCUAGCGAUAUGAUGGAUGGUAGAGUUGGGGCAAUUCGAUCAGCUCUGGAUGCAGCAGGCUAUGAGAAUGUUUCAAUCAUGGCAUAUACAGCAAAGUAUGCAAGUGCAUUUUAUGGCCCUUUCAGAGAAGCACUUGAUUCAAACCCUCGUUUUGGAGAUAAGAAGACUUAUCAGAUGAAUCCAGCCAAUUAUAGGGAAGCUCUCAUUGAAACACAUGAAGAUGAAGCUGAAGGAGCUGAUAUCCUUAUGGUGAAACCGGCCAUGCCGUAUUUAGAUGUCAUAAGGCUUCUGCGGGAUAAUUCUUGCCUGCCUAUUUCAGCAUAUCAGGUUUCUGGCGAGUACUCGAUGAUCAAGGCUGCUGCAGCUAACGGCAUGCUAGAUGAAGAAAAAGCAAUGAUGGAGUCCUUACUGUGUAUCAGGCGAGCAGGUGCAGAUGUGAUCCUAACAUACUUCGCUUUGGAGGCUGCUAGGUAUUUAUGUGGUGAGAAGAGAUGAGAAUUAGUUUUCUAAUUAUGAACAGCAUAAAGAGGUCUUGACUAGUUUUUGCUUCAAUCUUGUGGAAAGUAUGGCAGGAAAUUGUAACAGUUUGUACAUCAAAUUUUGUGUAGAGAUGACAAUUAUUUUUUCUAUCGUUGCCAGUUAAGUUAAUAGAUGUUUUGAUCCAA